AUGGAUCCGCCCAUGAUCCCGACACCUGGCAUAGCGGCCUCCCGACCGCCUCCUUCCUCGGAUUCGUCUAGCCCAAGAAAACGUCCACAGCACAGCGAUUACUCACCCUCUGCUGAUAACAACGCUAGCUAUGGCCCAAUGAGCGGCGGUCGGGCCCCAGGGACUGGUCCGGUCCCCAUCUCAGAGACUACACCAGCCAACAAGACCCGCUUAGAACCCCCCGCUAAUAAUGCUGCUGGCAAACCCUCCAAGUCCUCCAAACGCAAAAAGAACCGCAAUCGCAAGCAUCGCAAACGACACCCGUCUUUUAUUCCACCUACUCGGGAGGAAGCUCACGAUAGUCCCGGGGAGACUUCGGAUGCUAGAGGUGUCAGAGAUUCAAUGGAGGCCGAUCGGCCAACCUCGAGGGACAAGUCGUUCUUCAAUUUGGGGCCCAAUCUGAGUAACACAAGCUUGGAGAGCGAUGCGCUGUUAGAUCAUCGGGACCAACCUUUGAUGCGACCUCGGCGUGACAGUCGCCUUGCAUCGUCAUUCCGCCCGAGCUCCCUAACAUCCAAUGUCUUCCGGUCGAACGAUGGGCAACCUCGCAGCACCCCGAGGGGAGGACGGAGCCAACAAUAUCACAGUGGUGAUAGUGACGAAGAGGAUGCCAAUGAUCUAACACCAUUAGUGCGGCCAGUUUCAGGCCACACGCCUGGUCAUAAUCGGUAUGGAACAGACAAUCGCCCGGGUUUGUUCUCAUCGCGUGCUCGACAGUCCUCUACUCGAACUAUGUCCUCGGGAUGUUCGCCAAAGGACGAUCGCAGCCCACUCUAUUCUCCCACUGUAGAGCGAGACUACGAUGUCAACAACCCGCCGUCGAUUCCGGGUUCUCCAAAGUUAGGCCCGGAGAUGAAUUAUGACGAUGCUGUGGUAACAGGAGCUGAUUGGGACUUCUCAAUGGCUCGCUCAAUAGAGAAUCGCAAGGAUUCUUUGAACGCCCUCAACGACACGCUGAUCGAUAUAGACGGAAAUGGAUUGCACCCACAUUCUGCACCAUCCUCGUCACCUGGGUCGCCGCUGCUCUCUCCACAUCAAGAAAUGCGGCGACGCCGGACCGUGGCACUGCCAGCAGAGGAAGAUGUAUGCUUCCCUACCGAAACAAUAUCCGAAUUGGGAGACGAGGGACCAAGGCAAAUGCGAGAUGAAGCCGGUGAGCGUCGACGGCGUAGACAUCGGCGAUGGCCCGAUCUCUCCGUGCUGGAAGAAUGGAGCCGCGAGGAGAAAGAGGAGCGCAAUGGAGACCUUCGAGUCAAAAGGAUCAGUGAGCCUAUGCUCAUCGAAGGCCGAUUGCGCCCUCAGUAUACAGGUUGGCGACGCGAAGAGGAUGAGGCGCCUUAUCGGUUCACAUAUUUCAACGAGGAAUUUCCGAGCACCAUUCAUGCCCAAACCAUCUCCGAGCUGGUACAACCAGGUGGUAGCUUCCGCGAUUUGUUUAUUCCAGAUCCCCCCGAGUUGGAGGAAUCCUCGGAAGAUGAGGACGAGGAAGAGGAAUCUUUCGUGGAGAAUCCGGCUUCCAACAACUCAAACCAUCCCGCCAGCAAGCCAACACCAUUUCACCCGGACAAUCAGGGCCAUCAAACGAACGUCAAUCCUUAUAUGACACCUCAGACCGUUGUUCCCAAUGGAAGGACUACGAGUGACCUUAUCACCGGCAAUGCUCCUCCUGUCAGAGGACCCUCGCGUUUAUCUAUCAUCAGCGAAGGACGCCCAGACUCCCACCGAGAGCCCUCCCCUGCACCUUCAAACACCCCGUUUAGCAACACCCCCAACCCGAAACCUAAACGGUACGGUCCACGGCCGACUUUCUGGCUAGAUGUUCUCUCUCCGACAGAUGCAGAGAUGCGUACGAUUGCCAAAGCGUUCGGGAUUCACGCGCUGACGGCAGAGGACAUUAUGAUGCAAGAAGCUCGAGAGAAAGUCGAGUUGUUCCGCAGCUACUAUUUCGUCAACUACCGCACUUUUGAGCAGGAUAUCAACAGCGAGGACUAUCUUGAGCCGGUGAACAUGUAUGUGGUGGUUUUCCGCGAAGGCGUGAUCUCCUUCCAUUUCUCGCAAACACCUCACCCAGCCAAUGUGCGGCGACGUAUCCGCCAACUGAUGGAUUACCUGAUCCUCAGCUCAGACUGGAUUUCAUAUGCACUGAUUGAUGACAUUACCGACGUCUUUGGCCCGUUGAUCCAAGCGAUUGAAGAUGAGGUCGAUGAGAUCGACGAGAUGAUCAUGCAAAUGCACUCUUCCAGCAAGGAUUCGUCGUCCAAUGACAGUGUGCUUCCUUCAUUCGCACCAGGAGAGAUGCUUCGGCGAGUGGGAGAAUGCCGCAAGAAGGUCAUGGGACUGUAUCGACUUCUCAGCAACAAGGCUGAUGUAGUCAAGGGGUUUGCCAAGCGUUGCAAUGAGCAGUGGGAGGUCGCACCCAAGUCAGAGAUUGGUCUGUACCUCGGUGACAUCCAGGAUCACAUUAUGACGAUGACGGGUAACCUGACGCACUAUGAAACAAUCCUUUCCCGUGCACACUCCAAUUAUCUCGCGCAGAUUAACAUCCUCAUGAACGAGCGUCAGGAACAUACUGCCGAUGUCCUGGGUAAGCUGACUGUUCUUGGUACGAUUGUCCUACCGAUGAACAUCAUCUGCGGUAUGUGGGGGAUGAACGUUAAGGUACCGGGUCAGGAAAUCGAUAGCCUGACAUGGUUCUGGUGUAUUACUGCCGGACUGUGCGUAUUUGCAUUUGUAUCUGUUUGGACUGCUAAAAGAGUCUACAAAAUUGUAUAG